AUGAAAAUGUCAGAUUUAGAAAAAUAUAUCCCGAUGAUAGACGCCAUUCUUAGUGCGUCUAAUCCAGAUGAAGUGAGUCCUAAGAAGAUUCGUCGAGCCAUUCAAGAAUUGUUUGCUGUUGAUUUAGACCCUCGAAGGAAAGCUUUCAACGAAUUGAUUAUUAAUAGAUUUAAUUAUAUGCAAGACCAUCCUAAGGAUGAAGCUAAAACGUUAUCCAUUGUAAGCUCUUCAUCAGCGAUAACGGCGCCCUCAAGUACAGUAGAUAAUGGUUCUGUUGAUGAUGAUACGAGAUCUAGUAAAGAUAAGAAGAAUAAAAAGAAGAAGGAGAAAAGUAAGAUACCGAAAGUGAAGAAAUCUGUGGAACAAAUUGAUAAAGAUCAUGAGUUGGCAAUGAAGUUACAGGAAGAAGGAGAUUCCGAUCGACUUCGUAAACGAUCAAGAUCUAUGACGCAGAGUAAAGAAUCUAGCCCUGUAAAGAUAAAGAAGAAAUCAAUCAAGAAGAAAUCUGGUGAAAAUGGAAAGGCGAGAGGAUUAUCUGCACAUAAGGUAAUUUUAAGUGGACCAUUGAGUGAACUUUUGGGUGGAGAAAAGGAACUUGCACGAACUCAAGUUGUGAAACAAGUGUGGAAUUAUAUUAAAGAAAAUAAACUACAAAAUCCAAAUGAUCGUAGAGAAAUAUUAUGUGAUUCAAACAUGGAACCUAUAUUUGGUAAAAAGAUGACGAUGUUCUCAAUGAAUAAAAUUUUAUCUAAUCAUCUAUUUAAUCCUGAAGAAUUAGUUAAUGAAGGACGUGAGGAAUAA